GCCCUCAAGGCAGCCCCCAACCCAGGAGCCACGGCCACAGCGGAAACAGCCCGGACGGCCGGCGCGAGGGAACAAUAACCCUCCAACGCGCGCGGACCAGGCGCCAAGCGGUUGGCUGAGAGGGGACCUCCGCGAGGGAGCGGCAGCGGCUGCUGUAGCGUGGGCAUGGCCGACUACUCAACAGUGCCUCCGCCCUCGUCUGGCUCAGCUGGCGGCGGCGGCGGCGGCGGAGGCGUGAACGACGCUUUCAAAGAUGCCCUGCAGAGAGCCCGGCAGAUUGCAGCAAAAAUUGGGGGUGAUGCUGGUACAUCAUUGAAUUCAAAUGACUAUGGUUAUGGGGGACAAAAGAGACCCUUAGAAGAUGGAGAUGGCUCUUGGACAAAUCCGAGCAGUACAACACACUGGGAGGGAAUGCCCUCUCCUUUUAAAGAUCAACCAGAUGCUAAGAAAGUUGCUCCCCAAAAUGACUCUUUUGGAGCACAGUUACCUCCGAUGCAUCAGCAGCAAAGCAGGUCUGUAAUGACAGAAGAAUACAAAGUUCCAGAUGGAAUGGUUGGAUUUAUAAUUGGCAGAGGAGGUGAACAGAUCUCACGCAUACAGCAGGAAUCUGGAUGCAAAAUACAGAUAGCUCCUGAUAGUGGUGGCCUCCCAGAAAGGUCAUGUAUGCUGACCGGAACACCUGAAUCUGUCCAAUCAGCAAAAAGAUUACUGGACCAGAUUGUUGAAAAGGGAAGACCAGCCCCUGGCUUUCAUCAUGGUGAUGGACCUGGAAAUGCAGUUCAGGAAAUCAUGAUUCCAGCCAGCAAGGCAGGACUUGUUAUUGGAAAGGGGGGAGAGACUAUUAAACAACUUCAGGAACGGGCUGGUGUUAAAAUGGUUAUGAUUCAAGAUGGGCCUCAAAAUACCGGUGCUGAUAAACCUCUUAGGAUUACGGGUGACCCAUACAAAGUUCAGCAAGCCAAGGAAAUGGUAUUAGAGCUAAUUCGUGAUCAAGGUGGUUUCAGAGAAGUGCGGAAUGAGUAUGGCUCAAGAAUAGGAGGAAAUGAAGGGAUAGAUGUCCCAAUUCCAAGAUUUGCUGUUGGCAUUGUAAUAGGAAGAAAUGGAGAAAUGAUCAAAAAAAUACAAAAUGAUGCUGGUGUUCGAAUUCAGUUUAAGCCAGACGAUGGAACAACACCUGAUAGGAUAGCACAGAUAACAGGACCUCCAGACAGAUGUCAGCAUGCUGCAGAGAUCAUCACAGACCUUCUACGGAGCGUUCAGGCUGGUAAUCCUGGUGGACCUGGACCUGGUGGUCGAGGACGAGGUAGAGGUCAAGGCAACUGGAAUAUGGGACCACCUGGUGGACUACAGGAAUUUAAUUUCAUUGUGCCAACUGGGAAAACUGGAUUGAUAAUUGGAAAAGGAGGUGAAACCAUAAAAAGCAUAAGCCAGCAGUCUGGUGCAAGAAUAGAGCUUCAGAGAAAUCCCCCACCUAAUGCAGAUCCUAAUAUGAAGUUAUUUACAAUUCGUGGCACUCCACAGCAAAUAGACUAUGCUCGGCAACUCAUAGAAGAGAAGAUUGGGGGUCCAGUAAAUCCGUUAGGGCCACCUGUACCCCAUGGACCCCAUGGGGUUCCAGGUCCUCAUGGGCCUCCUGGGCCUCCAGGGCCUGGAACUCCAAUGGGACCAUACAACCCUGCACCUUACAAUCCAGGACCGCCUGGCCCAGCUCCACAUGGUCCUCCAGCCCCAUAUGCUCCCCAGGGAUGGGGAAAUGCAUAUCCACAUUGGCAGCAGCCAGCUCCUCCUGACCCAGCUAAGGCAGGAACAGAUCCAAACUCAGCUGCUUGGGCUGCUUAUUAUGCUCACUAUUACCAACAGCAGGCACAGCCCCCGCCUGCAGCUCCCACGGGUGCACCAACUACAACCCAGACUAACGGACAAGGUAACUACGGCGAUCAGCAGAAUCCAGCUCCAGCUGGACAGGUUGAUUAUACAAAGGCUUGGGAAGAGUACUACAAGAAAAUGGGUCAAGCAGUUCCUGCUCCUACUGGGGCCCCACCAGGUGGUCAGCCAGAUUAUAGUGCAGCCUGGGCUGAAUACUAUAGACAACAAGCAGCAUACUAUGCCCAGACAAGUCCACAAGGAAUGCCGCAGCAUCCUCCAGCACCUCAGUGCCUUCCCAGACCUUCCACCUUAGGUUCUGCUGCAAAAAGCAACAGUGCUGAAGAUGCUGCAAGCACCAAAUCAUAGCUCAUAAAAUCAGGUCCUGAGAUAGUUACCCAUAAAGAGGAAUCCUUUGAGUGUAUGCCAUUGGUGAGCCGAUGAGCAUGGACCAUAGAAGGGCUCAAUGUAGAAGAAACUACCCGUGUGUUAAAAGAAGAUUGGCUUAAAAUGGCUACUGUGAUGGGAACAGUGUCUUAGGGAGAUGCAGCUUGGACUUGAGGUAAAUUGAAUACUUUACAAACUGGUUUAGAGUUUUGCUUUAAUGACAUUGUAUGUAAAAGGGCACGUGAUAUUGUAAUUUUGUAUUCUUUAUGGUUUCCUUAAUUUAAAAAAAUAAAUGUACAGUGAUGACUA